AUGCCCACAUUCACAUCGGUGAUCAGUGUGCCGAGCAUCGCGUCCGUCGCUCCACAAUUGCCACAUGUCAAGCAGGAAAAGGGUGAGCUUUUUUGCUUUGCGUUGCCUACACUUGUGCGCUAUCAACUAGAUAUCGAUGUUUCCAGGCGUCAUCGGAGAAUGUCUCAUUUGCGGAGAGCCGUCGACCGGCAAGCACUACGGAAUCGUCGCGUGUCUCGGGUGCAAAACGUUUUUUCGCAGGUGAGCACUUGCUCGGGUCUCGCCACGAAAUUUGCGAGUUACAGGGCAGUGGUGCAGCGGCAGGAUACGUCGUGUAAGCGCGAACGAGCGUGCGAUGUGACGACGAUGGCGCGGAAGGCGUGCCGCGCGUGUCGCUAUCGAAAGUGUUUGGAGAGCGGCAUGAGCAAAGAAGGUACGGCCGGUGUUUUUUUGCGGAAAAGCGCAACUUUGUUGCAGCCCUCCAACCGCGUCGCGAUCUCAUCGGUUGCCGACGAAUUCGCUCUCGACCCAGUUGCUCCAACUCGACGCCCACACCGCCUAGGCCUCAUAUCGAGGACAAAUCGCAGUACCUCGCACUUCUCGACAACUUGACUACUAUCGAUGAGAGGUUACGGUAGGGUUUUGUGCAAGGGCACGAACCAAUGACUGUGUUUGUAGGAGCAAAAAGUUGGAGGUGGUCGGAUCACGGCAAGCGGCGAUCGAUUUGUCGAAACAAGCCAAGCAGGGAUGUUCUAGUGUGAGUUUUUAGAAGUUUUUUUAGAAAAACAAAAAUUCUAGUGUGAGUUUUUAGAAAAAAAUAAACUUAAAAAAACAUUUUUUUAGAAAAAAAUUCUAGUGUGAGUUUUUAGAAAUGUUCUAGUGUGCGUUUUUUUAGAAAAAAAUAUAAAAAAAUAAAAAAAUAUUAAAAAAAUUCUAGUGUGAGUUUUUUUAGAACAAAAAAAUAAAAAAAUAAAAAUAAAAAUUUUUAGAAAAAAUUCUAGUGUGAGUUUUUUUAGAGAUGUUCUAGUGUGAGUUUUUAGAAAAAAAUUCUAGUGUGAUUUUUUUAGAGUUUUUUUAGAAAAAUUUAGUCAGGCCUAUUUAGCAGAUUCUGAGGACAUUCGGUACUGUUCUGAUUCUCGUCUAGUACAGAGUUUGUUAGUGAGUUACCUCCUUUUCCAGAUAUCCGACACUUCUGGCGCUUCCACUUCACGAUACGUGCCCGGCGGAACACCGCCGGGAAGCGAUCACAAAAUGAUGGUAAUGCUCGGAACGGACAUCUCGGUGGCCACACAAACCGAGCUCCUAAUGAUGCUCGAGUGGACGCGAACGUUGCCAGUCUUUGCGAAUCUUCCAGUCUCCGACAAAGGCGUCAUCCUCAAACGAUUCGCCGUGCAUUGUCUGAUUCUGGAGCAUGGGUACUACACGGCCGCCGCCAAUAUCGACGAUGUCUGGCUCAUCACGAAUGGCACUUGUAUGCCGCGAAAUGUGGAGAAACUCGAGGAGGGCAGUCGGAUUUCGGUGUCGGCCGAUCGGCGAUGGCGGCAGGAGAAGCUCUACAAACAGAUGACCGAUUGUUGUAUCGAUGAGGUGGCGACGCCGUUGCGCAAUUUGAAGAUGAGUCCGCAGGAGAUGGUCGUCAUCAAGAUUAUUGUGCUUUUCAAUUGUGGAUGCUCUUCCGGUGAGUGCAAUUCGAAAAAGAGACACAUAAUUGUGUCCAUAAAAACAAGUGUUCUAAUUGCAGACUAUUCGGAAAUCUCCGAAUCGUCUCGUCGUGUCGUGCUCACGUUCCGCAACAAAGUCAUCUCCGCCCUGUUCGCCUACUACGACAGUAUCGGCCAGCCGAACUACGCGGAACGCUUCGGCAAUCUCGUCCUCAUGUUGUCGGGCGUCUCUUCUGCGGCCGCCGCCAUGCUCGAAGCCUAUCAGGUGAGCCGAGCCUGUAAAUCAGUCAAAGUGUUUGUGUUUUUGCAGGUGAUGCGUCUCUUCAAAAUCACUCCAUUCGAUCCGUUGUCGCAAGAGUUGCUGUUCAACAUUUGA